UCGACGAGUGCAGAGACAGGUGCAGCCAAGGGCUGCGUGGUGUGGGAAUUGGGUGAGCCUAGGUGCUAAACGAGGUUAGGCGGACAGAUCCAGCACGGAUUUAGGAGGGAUCCUCCAUACUAUCGAGUGCCUCUAUUCGUCCCUCCUUUGUGCUGCGUAUGGCAACCCCGUUUCAUUUCUGCCGUCGUCUAACGUCCCCUGUUCAACCCAAAUCCACCAAUCGAUGUCCCCGUGAUGCAUUCCUCCGAGAAUAAUCGACGGGGCCAGCGUCGCCGCCCAGAUCUAAAUAUCAAUCCCGUGAACUCUCCUAACAGAGGCCGCGACUCUGUCCCUUCUACGCCUCCGGCGAGGUCUAAGACGAAGCCCCCCGUAUCUAGUCGAGCGUAUCGAGUACAUGCUUCGACCGCCUCGCGUGACUCUGACGAGUCUUUCUUAGAUAAUGGUUCUGACGAUUACAAGGGGAAUGAAUCUGAUUUACCUGAACUACCUCGAGGUAGGACCGUCAGAGAUUCUCACGACCUGUCCCUACCCUCCCGACAAUUUACGCGAGACUCCCUUGUUACCAACAUGUUAAGCUCUCUCGACCAAUUCUCGCUCGGUCAAAUCCAUACCCCCACAACGAACAUGUUCGAUGAUGACGAUGCUCUGAGUCCACCUCACAAUAUCGAGUAUACAAGAUCCAUGACGAAUAGCUCGAGGCCAGGGCGCAAGUGGAGUUCCGGACCUGGUCCCGGCCCCAGUCCCGGCCAUGGCCAUGGAUACUCGUACAGUUCUGAUUAUGAAGGCACCGAUGAUGGAGCAAGCAGGAUAUCGGGCCAGUAUUCGAGAGGAAGACGUAGCAAUAGUAGCUCUGGCUUUCAGUCAAGCCUGGGUCGCCUCAAUAGCUUGCAAGAACACAGCCGUACAGAUGCGCCAGGCACACAUGCUCUAAAUUCAAAAGGAGGUAAGACUAGCCAGAGCAGCAGCACUAACAGCGUUGAUGUCGGUGGUUACGCCCAAGUCCUGACCACUGAACGAUGGGCUCAUGGCAUCGGAACUAGUGGUGGAAGAUCCUCAAGUCUUGAUGGACAAACACCCUCUCUAAGUUCUCUCAAUGCCUGGAAGUCUGAAUUAUCUAACACCUUUCUUGUGGAUGACUACGAAGCAGCACCGACACCAACCAUACCUGGCGGUCCCCGACGUACAACUAUGCCAUCUUCACCUGCCCUGCCAUCCAUGCCCACAGCAGACGGCGAGACGACGACCCCCGACCGCUGGAGGGCUGCUUCAAAGUCAAGAAGCAGUACCAUGAAAACAACGCAGUCUAAAUAUACUCCGUCACCCCGCAACGACAACCCCCCUCCGCUUCCUCCUGUUGACAUUGACUCUGCCCCCGCGCCUCAUGUCGGAUACGAGAAGUCUAAGGAAGUUAUGCAGGGGGGUCCUAACCAACAACCACAGGCAAAGCCGGGAUUUUUCAGCAGAUUAUUCGGCUAUCGAAAUAGCACAAUACCCCCGGAGGCCAAAACACAGCUAAGUGGGUUAAUAUCAGGAUCAGGAUCAGGAUCAGGAGAUUCAGCGGAUCAGUUUGGGACCAACUUACAAAACACGGCAUCACCAAGUCAGAGCCAGUCCGUUCCACCGUCAAGAGAUUCGCAACCUCCUCCCCAGCAGCAUCAUGUGAUUCAGAAGAAGUCGUCUUUCUUUAGGAGAAGGAAGAAGUCCGUAGCUGAACCACCGCUUCCGCCGCCCCCAGUGCCCUCACCGAUGGAGAUCAACCGAAUUAAAGAUCAGUCGAUCAACACGCGUGACGGUAGCCCGGUCAGUAGCUUACGCGAGAUCAUGAACCCAUAUCUGGAAAACGGCACAUCAACUAUUCCUCCUGGAUUGCUAUCCCCAAGUCAAGAAAAAUCUCUACGAAUGCGCCGAUAUGAUACCCAGGAUGGAGACAAUGUCCGUAAAUCUCGGGGAUUCUCCCCUGAUUAUGAACCAAGCCCGAGUGCUACUAUUCGAACAGUGAAAUCCACGUCAGCCUUGAGAAGUCAGGACGCUGCUCGAAGACGGACACAUAUGGAAUUUCCAACAAGGGAUCUACCGGAGCUACCUACAAAGAAGCUUGUUCAGGAACGUGAUACAACGUUCUUCCACGAUAGCAGUGAUGAAGGUGAAAAGCCGUCGGUCCCUACAAAACACGCGCAACAAAACUUGCAAAAUAGCAAAUCAUCAUCCAUGGCCACCCAGUCACGAGAAGAGUUGGAAGAGGCCGGAAUACGACACAAGCAUCUUAUUCGGAACGAGGACUUUAUCAAGCACGAACCAUCAUCCAACUUGUUACUCCAACAAAAUAUCAUUGAAGAAGAACAGCGAAAAUCAAUGGAUGGCCGCAAUGGGCCCAAGGGCUCACUUCAGAAGCCAGGCAACGGCUUACCUAGUGUCACAGUAGAUGGCACACAGCUCGAUCCUAAGCCAAUGGGUUCGCCUAUAGAUGAGCCCGAAGUAUCCAUAGGAGAGCCAACAGAAGAUGACCGCCAAAAGGCGCAGAAAAUAUAUGACGGAAACGAAGACUUUAUUCAGAAAGAGAAAGCAGCGGCAUGGAUGGGAGAAGAAGGCCUCGUGAGACAGAGAACCUUGCGAGCGUAUAUCGAGCUCUACGACUUCGCCAACCAAAGCGUGCUCGUUGCUUUGCGACAAAUAUGCAGUCGCCUUAUUCUCAGAGCAGAGACGCAGCAAGUGGACCGAAUCCUAGUUGCCUUCUCAAGUCGAUGGUGUGAUUGCAAUCCAAAUCACGGUUUUAAGUCAAUGGAUGUAAUCCAUACGAUGUGUUACUCUAUUAUGCUUCUUAAUACCGAUCUGCAUCUCGCAGAUAUCGACCAGAAGAUGACCAGAAGUCAGUUUGUGAAGAAUACAAUGACAACAAUCAAGCAUGCACUAGCCGACUCUGCUCCUGAGAUUUUCGACCGCGCGAGUAUCCUACCCGGGAAGAAUAGUCUUCUCAGUCCCGGAGAUUCGGAAAUGAAUCAGAUGUUUGAUGCAGAACAACCCGAGCGACCUAGUUGGAGAACUUCGUUCAAGCCGCUCCCUCGGCCAGACUCGUCAAUGGGUAACUAUUUCUCAGAUGGGCCUGUCGACACCUGCGGUCCACUCGUCAAGGCACCCUUUGAAGGUUCUGCCAAGGCCUGGACCCAGCAAUUAGAGAUCGUGUUGAAGGACAUAUACGUCUCAAUUCGUGACGAGAAGCUACCGCUUUUUGGCGCAGAGACCACACAUCCACAGGGUCAUCCACAAAACAGCCUCUCGGUUAUGAGUAUGCUAAAACGUAGUCCGAGCGUACUUUCCAAGGCGCCGUCUGAAGGCCAUAUUACUUCUCGUGGAAGGAUUAAUGAUUCGUCCCGCAACCUUGGAGGGAGUAGAUGGAAUUCGAAGAGUCGAUCAAGGCCAAGAUUUCCUGGUAAUGGAAUGUCGUCAAGCCGUACUAGUUUUGAGGAUGGCAACUCGGUCUGGAGCCCUACUACUUCGUCUGCUACAUGGAGCCGUUAUUCGUUGGGUAGGACCCAAACGUCAAUAUCCAUGGACUCCUUCAGCUCCUACCCAUACGGCGGCGAAUUCCAACAAUCCAUUGGAUUCGCCAAUGCACUAAGUCAAGCGAUAAUACGCGAAGAUAUUCCGCCCGGAACUAGUGGUGGGCAGUCGGUCGUAAGCGAUGAUGCUCAGCAUUCGCCCAUGCUGGAGGAUGAAUCGCUCGAGCUUAUUGGUGCGCCCUGGGUCAAGGAGGGCAUGGUUACCCAUAAGCAUCACCUCGAUGGCAUGGACAAAAAAGCCAAAGAACGAAACUGGGCCGAGGUGUUUGCAGUCGUCCAAAAGGGAUCCAUGAGCCUAUUUUCGUUCUCCACCAAGUCCAUGCGCCAAAAGGCCCGCACUGGCCGCAAACAUACUCCUGGUGCUGUUGUCGGCGGCGGGAACUGGCAGGAAAAUGCAACUAGCGUCGGCAACUUUUCUCUGCGCCAAACACUCGCAUCCUCUCUGCCCUCGCCUGGCUACUCCCGCAGUCGCCAAAAUGUGUGGGCUCUCAGUCUACCAACGGGUGCCGUGCAUCUUUUCCAAGUCGGUACCCCCGAGAUCGCACAGGAGUUCGUUCUCACCGUCAACUACUGGAGUGCGCGACUCAGCACACAUCCGCUAGUUGGAGGCGUCAGCAAUAUAGAAUAUGGCUGGAGCGAUAACAUUAUCAAUGAUGCUCUGAUCGUUCCCCUGGGUGAUCUACCACCGCCGCGCCCGGGCAGCGCAGCAGCAAGUCGCUCCAGCAUGCACAGUCGUCAAGGAAGUCUACAGAAUAGCCUUCGUUCCUCCUUUGACGUCGGUAGCGCCUCGCGCACAAAGCUGCCGGGCGAUCGAAUCCACAUUGCUGAGUGGAAAGCACCAGCGCAAUCACUGCGUCCCAGCAAUCUCUCGGAGCCCGAACAGCUAGAAAUGCUCGAGGCUUAUGUCAAGUCCCUCGAAGAGGAUUUGCAAAAACACAACCAACUUCGAUCCCCCAUGCUCCUGGCUUUUACGCCUCGUGGUCAUAACGCUGGCAAGGCGAUGGCGAACUGGGAGCGGAAGAGCGACUAUCUACUGCGAGAGAUCGUCAAGUUCAGGACCUACGUUGAUUGCUUACAUCAUGCCAAAACAAAACGAGAGGAGGUUUACGCGGAGCGUGAGGUGGCGGAACGCAACGCUCAAGAAGAAGAACAAAGUGACGCAGAGAGCGUGUACAGUACGAAGGAGGAAGGGGUGAAGAUUCAGGUUCAACAAACCUAAUAAGCCUAUCUACACUCACAAAGGGCUCAUGUUGCUUUGAACCUCGGAACUAUACAUUUUAGGUACCCAUCUACUUGGUAGGUACUUUACCAUACAUUGGGUUCUGUUUGAAAUUCGACAUCGAUGAGUCGGACGUAUGAAAACUGCCGUGGGUAGGUACACAACAAAGGUGGAUGAACAUCGAAAGGUUUUGCUUUGUAAUAUACAAGAUGACAGGGAUAGCUUGAUACCCACAAACUUGCGCUCUGUUCUUUGUUGCUAUGCUGUAUGCAGUAUGUGUACACCUACGUAUUGCAGAUAAAUAAUGAAUAAUGCCUAGGCGGCAUAGAAACCUCUAGGACUGGAAGUUUUGGGGAUUCAAUAAUAGCACUCUAUGUCUGAGUUUUAUGAGAUUACAGUUGCACGAAUUAAUUAUGAAUAAAUCGGGAUGUUAAUCACCUGGGCAUUCAGAAAGGCGAAAGCAAAGUCACUUGUCA